AUGGAUAGCAGCCAGAGCACAUCUACUUCCAACGGCACCUCGCAACGUCGCAAGCUCACCAAGAAGCCUCCUUCCCAUUACCAUACCCGCUCCUCGAGCGGUCUCGAUGGUGGCAUCGACGCCCAAUCUCUCCAGAGCAAACGCAGCUCGACAAGUCUGAGGCGCGCUCCUUCCGCUCCACCUGCGCGAACGACCCCCUCAAACGCUUUACCUGGACCUGGACCUGGACCAGGACUUGGAGGUGCUGGUGCUGGUGCUUCUGCUCACAGUUCUCCCCGUCACCUCCCCUCAAGUCAGACGCACCUUCCCAAUCCCUCCCCCAUCCUGCCUCAGGGUCAGUUCGCCGCCGUCGCUCCUUCCCCAAGUCUCGCUCACGCCCACUCUCACCCUCACCCUCAUCCUCACGCCCACACAAGCGCCAACGCCAACGCCAACGCCCACCACGCCGUCGCCUACCACCAAACCCAGAACCAGAAUCACAACCCCCCGAUUCAGUCUCAAUCCCAGCCCUCCACCUACCACCACGCCGCCUUCCCUCCUCAACUCCAAAACACCCUCCAUUUCCAGAACAACAACCCUCACAACACCAGCAGCCCCGUCGGUAUUGGUGUUGGUGUUGGAAUCGGUAUCGCUCACACAAGUGACUCUCCAGCCGAUCCCGUCGCGCCGCUCUCGUCCCAACCCCACGACGAAUUCAUCGGCGCUCCCUUCGACGGCGCCGCGGUCCUGAACCGUAUCGAGCAGACAAAGUCGCCCGUUGCCGCAACUCACCCUCCGCUGUCUCUGCAGCAAUCUCACGGCCAGCAAGGUGUCGCCUACCACCGCCCCAACGCCCCAACGCCCUUGCUUAAGUCGGCCACCGAUACGCGCAUAAGCAAAAGCCCUAGGUUGCGACAGUCCCAGAGCUUCACGAACGAUUUCGCCAUGAUGAACGAAAAAUCACAAGGUCGGGUGACGGAGAGCUCAAUGAUCAGCCCCAAGAGAUACUCGGACGAGGCCAAGGAGCCCAGGAUGGGCGUCCUGCGCAAGAAGUCGGGCUUCUCCGGCUUCAUGAACAGUCUGGUCGGCACACCCAAGAAGCCCGUCAUCUCGGCACCUGAGAACCCCGUUCACGUCACCCACGUCGGCUACGACAGCUCUACCGGCCAGUUCACCGGUCUUCCGAAAGAAUGGCAGAGAUUGAUCAACGAAAGUGGAAUUCCCGAGAAGGAACGCAGGGAGAACCCCCAAACUAUGGUUGACAUCAUCACAUUCUACAAGGAAACGACCGAGAAGCCAGCCGAGGAUCAGGUUUUGGAAAAGUUCCACGAUGCCAGAGCGCCUGAUUACCGCCAAUAUGCGAAUGCAAACAACUCGCCGUCGGGUGCCAUGUCGCCGGGCAUGUAUCCGCCAACAGCUUAUAUGGGAUCUUUUGAGAACCCCCGCCAGCCGCCCCCCGUUCCCGGAAUCGGAGGCUCCAAAGGCCAAGGCAAGGAUGUGAACCUGAUGCCCAGCCGCCCGGCCCCGAAGCCCCCCGUCGCCGGCACCCCGAGGUCUGCUGCUCCCGCGCCCUACCCCGCCAAGGACUCCGGCAUUGGAAUGUCUCAGCCCGGCGAGGACCUGCCCCCGGUCGCAUACCAACCGCCCAAGGAGACCGUCCCCAUGCUCCCCGAGGAGCACCGCGGAGAGCACCGAUCCCGAUCCCGAUCCAACUCGCGUGUCAACGGCGCCGCCCCCGGCUACGUCCCCCCCACACCCAACCCCCAGAAUGCGCAGGCGAACGUUUACCAGCAGCAACUCAUGCAGCAGCAACAGGAGCAGGCUCUGGCUCAGGCCCAGGCCGCCAUGUCGGGCCAGGUCAGCCGUGCCCCGAGCAAGAGACAGCCCCAGCAGCAGACUCCCCCGCAGUCGCAGCACCAAUACCCGCAAGGUGCCCCGGCGAACGGCGGCCCCGGUCAACGGCAGCAGGUCGGUGUCGCUGGUCAGCCUGGCUCCAGACCCCGCCACCGCGCCAGGCAAAGCACCGGAAUCGACGUCGUGGCCGCGCUCAAGCGCAUCUGCUCCGAAGGCGAUCCUCGCGAGGUAUACAGGAACUUCAAUAAGAUUGGACAGGGCGCUUCUGGUGGCGUCUUCACUGGAUACGAGCGAGGAUCCAACAGGCUUGUUGCCAUCAAGCAGAUGAACCUGGAGCAGCAACCGAAGAAGGACUUGAUCAUCAACGAAAUUCUGGUCAUGAAGGACAGCUCGCACCCCAACAUCGUCAACUUCAUCGACAGCUACCUUUGCGGAGGCGAACUCUGGGUUGUCAUGGAGUACAUGGAGGGUGGCAGUCUCACUGAUGUUGUCACCUUCAACAUCAUGACCGAGGGACAGAUCGCUUCCGUCUGCAGAGAGACGCUGAAGGGCUUGCAGCACCUGCACUCUAAGGGAGUGAUUCACCGUGAUAUCAAGUCCGACAACAUCCUCCUGUCGAUGGAAGGAAGCAUCAAGCUGACCGACUUUGGCUUUUGCGCGACAAUCAACGAGGCCCAAAAUAAGCGCACCACUAUGGUUGGCACGCCCUAUUGGAUGGCCCCUGAAGUCGUCACACGUAAGGAGUAUGGACGCAAGGUCGACAUCUGGUCAUUGGGCAUCAUGGCCAUUGAGAUGAUCGAGGGAGAGCCACCGUACCUGACAGAGUCUCCUCUGAGAGCGUUGUGGUUGAUCGCUACCAACGGCACCCCUCAGAUCAAGGAGGAGGCAAACCUGUCACCAGUCUUCCGCGACUUCCUCUACUUCGCCCUCAAGGUUGAUCCCGAGAAGAGAGCAAGUGCACACGACCUUCUGAGACACGAGUUCAUGAAGGGCUGUGUUGACCUGGGCCAACUUGCGCCAUUGGUCCGAGCCGCUAGAGAGGCACGCAUUGCAGAAAAGGCUAGGAAGGGACAGUAG